CCUGCGUCGAUCACACUCCAUCAGCUCUUUGAUUCGGAUUCGAAUACCUUUUUCUGAAAUGGACAUACAGGAGGCAUGUAUUCACAGCCCUCUCGACUCGACGAAAGCACAAAUUCGUGUCCUUCGCCUUCAGCCUCGCCUAAACCCGGUGCCUGAUAUGAUCGUAUGCUCUCUGGCCGUAGCAGAUCUCGACCAUAGCAAUUGCCAAUAUGAAGCUUUGUCGUAUGAGUGGGGUGAUCCAAAGAGCAAGGAGUUGCCCAUAGUUCUCAAGGGCGUGGAGGUUGUGGUGAGAGAAAAUCUUUGAUGGGCUUUGUGGCAUCUUAGGCCUAGCUCGGGAUCCGAGGCUAGAGUAAUUUGGAUUGAUGCAUUGUGUAUUCAUCAGGUGUCCCAAUAGGUCGGAUUUACUCCCAGGCGGUCAGUGUAGUCAGUUGGAUUGGCCGACUGGAACAACCAAACCUUCUGAACAAUCA